AUGAAGAGUCGUAAUCAUACAUUGUUUGGCAGGAUGCUCUUCCUCUUCAUGAUCACGUUGUUUGUGCUGGUGGUACAUUCAGCUGGUUCGUCGUCUUUUAGAAUGGGCUUCUAUAGACAAUCUUUUCCGGCCGUCGAAUCCAUAGUGAGAAGUACCGUGAGAAGGACGGUGUCUCAAAAUCCCGGCAUCGAUGCAGGACUCAUUAGGUUGCACUUUCACGACUGCUUCGUCCGGGGUAGUGAUGGUUCAGUGUUGCUGAACUCCCUCCUCGGUGGCCCGAAAGCAGAGAGAGACCACCCGGCCAACAAUCCUGGAUUGAGAGAAUUCAAUGUCAUCGCGAGAGUCAAAAGAAGAAUCGAGCGCAUCUGCCCAAACACCAUCUCCUGUGCCGACAUCCUUGAUUUCCCUGCCAGGGACAGCUCCCAGAUACUCGGACGCAUCAACUACCCUGUCCCCGCCGGCCGCCGCGACGGCCUUGUCUCCAGCUUCAACGAGGUCACGCUAAGAGAAGCGGAAUAA